AAUUAUUUUUCGAAGUAUUUUUUGAUAAUCGAUAUCAAAUAAUCGAUCAUGGCUAGAAGAAUUCUCAUCGUCUGUGUACUGAUUAUGAUGUCCUUAUCACAGAUUGCAUUUUCCGAAGACAUGAGGGUGGUUGUGGGAAAUAGCGGUGAUUUGGCACAGUUGGAUAGUCAACUUGGGACGCAUUUCUCAGAGAAUGGUGAGCUCAUCCAAGUCGACGGAACCCAUGAAGUGAAGGCUGCAGGUGGGAAUGUAGAAGUAACGCCAUCUUGGGUGCUUAAGGCUAAUGAGAACGAAGUUCAUAUGGUUAGGGGCACUAAUGUACAGGGUGCUGGGCUUGCAACACAUGAUACUCAAGAUUUCCGGGUACACUUACCAGGGGGUAAUUAGACGGCAGCCGAAGAAGUCUUUGCCGUAAAUAAAUUAUGGCAGCCAAGGGAAAAUGCCUCGGGAACGGCGAGGAAUGUAAGAUAAGAAAGAUCGAUCUUACGAACAUUUAAGUAUGAGUGUCAACCUAGCUAAUCCCGAUUUGCCUGUUUUUCUGUGUUUUCUUUUGGUGAACUUAAUUGCGUUUGUGCGUGUAACAACUGCAUAUUAUUAUUUUUGCUUGUUUUGUGCUACUUAUUAUGUAAUAGUAAUUUUGUUGAUUGAAUGCCUU